UUUUUCAGCCAAUAAUGAACGUCUGCCCCCUUUUGAACUGCAGAUAUUGUCUGACUGGAAACAAAGGUAUAAAUAACCUAAGGGGCAGGCAGAGGAGGAACAGCAUUUUCCCUGUCUGGCUUCGUUUAAAGGCAGAAUAGCAUUAGUAGCUACAGAUAGGGCAGCCGGAGAGCUGUCAGCAUUAUAUUAGCUCUAGCUGUCUCCUCAUGGCUUGCUUAGAUAAAUGUCAUUGUGCUGUGGAUAACAGGAAACAUGGCAGCAUUCUAUAUAACAUUCUGAAAAAUGAAGAACACAAGGAAUCCCACAACAGCAACCCAAGGAAAGGAAACCACACAGGAGUCUAUGGGCAAGGCUGUUCCUGCGGGGCACAGAAGAAAGUCAGCCUAAAAAGCCCACAGGUAACCUGCAAAGCAGCCUCGGCAGUACUGGUGAAGACCCUGAGGUUUGUGAAGAACGUCCCCUGUUUCCAGGAGCUCCCUUUGGAUGACCAAAUGCUGCUGGUCAGAAGCUGCUGGGCUCCUCUCCUGGUACUUGGACUGGCACAGGACAAGGUGGAUUUUGAGACAGUGGAGACGUCUGAACCCAGCAUGCUGCAAAGGAUUCUAACCACUAGGCAGGAUGGGGAGAAAAAGCAGUCACAGCAGGACAGCUUACUUGGAAGCCCUCAGCACAAACUCAGCCAGCUCCCUUCAGCAGCAGAAAUCCGAUGGAUCAAAGAGUUCUUAGACAAGUGCUGGAACCUGGAUAUUAGCACCAAGGAAUAUGCUUACCUGAAAGGGAUUGUGCUUUUCAAUCCAGAACUGCCCGGAUUACACUGCAUCCAGUACAUUCAAGGACUACAGCAUGAAGCCCAACAAGCACUAAACGAACACGUCAAGAUGAUUCACAGAUGGGAACAAACCAGAUUCACCAAGUUAAUCAUUGUGCUCUCCUUCCUCAGAACCGUCAAUGCAAACGCCAUUGCAGAACUAUUCUUCAGACCAAUUAUUGGUUCCGUCAAUAUGGACGAUAUGCUGCUGGAGAUGCUGGGGGCAAAAAUAUAGCCACGGCAUGCCGUGUUAUAUACAUUUGGGACAAAUAUAUAUUCCUAAGAUAAGAAAAGGGGUCUUUUUUGAGUGACAAAUUACUUUUUCAUCCAGUAUACUGAGAGUGAAGCUGAUUUGUGAUAGUUCUAUGUUAAAGUAGAAUGAAUUGUACACAAAAUAGCAUAACUAAACACUGACCACAACUGUUAUGUAUGAUCCACACAUACUAAAUAUUGCUAGCUACCAACUAGGGUUGCCACCUUUUUUGGAAAAAAAUACUGGCCUUUCUAUAUUUUUUAUAAUUUUUUCCUAUCAAUAACAUAGGCAUCAAGCAUCAUUUUUACCAGCCAGGUGAUAACCCUAUUCCUGACCUACACUUUAGGGGCAUAUCAUACUGUGGAAACAGUGGAGUGAAACAUUACCGGUGAUGUUGCUCAAAGCAGCCAAUCAAAUGCUUUGCUUUG